AUGCCGGACCUAAUUAAAGACUAUGAGGAGAGUAAAGAGGAGGAACAGCAUGUCAAAAUUGAGGACAAAACUCAUUUAGAGACUGGUGGUAUUUUAAAAGUGAGAGACAAAAAUUGUUUCACGUGCACUCAGUGUGGAAAGAGUUUGGCAAGCAAAAGCAAACUUAAGAUUCACAUGAGGAUCCACACUGGAGAGAAACCAUUCACAUGCACUCAGUGUGGUAAGAGUUUCAGCCAAUCAUCACAUCUUAAUCUACACGUGAGGAUCCACACUGGAGAGAAACCAUUCACAUGCACUCAAUGUGGGAAGAGUUUCAGCCAGCCAUCAUCCCUUAAUCAACACGUGAGGAUCCACACUGGAGAGAAACCAUUCACAUGCCCUCAGUGUGGGAAGAGUUUCAGCAAAUCAUCAACGCUUUAUAGACACAUGAGGAUUCACACCGGAGUAAAACCAUUCACAUGCAUUCAGUGUGGGAAGAGUUUCAGCCAAUCACCACACCUUAAUAAACACAUGAAGAUCCACACUGGUGUGAGAGAGUAUAUGUGCUUGGAGUGUGAGAAGACUUUUAUUACAGCUGCAGAAUUGAAACACCACCAGAGGAUUCACACUGGAGAAAAACCAUAUAAGAUUUCACACUGCAGUAAGAGAUUUUCUAACUCAGGAACCCUGAAAGCACAUGAGAGGAUUCACACUGGAGAGAAACCAUAGACAUGAUCAGUGUGUACAGAGUUUCACUCAUUCGGGGCAGCUAAAGAAAUACAUGGGAUGGUUUCCGGUAUGGCAUCAACACAUGUAGCAGCAUAGAAAGAGCGCUCCCAUACACACUGGUAUUAAUCCUCCUUAUGACAUCAUGCAUGAUAACCUAAACAAUAUUUAAAUAACAUGGAGGGGGACAAAAACAAAAAGGCUAGGACAAAACUAUCAUUGAAACCUGAAAAAAAUGAUAAAUUAACAGAUGAAAAGUCCCAGAUGGACGGGAUAGCUGAUAGCCUGUCAGCUAGCAUUGCAGCCAUACAUACGGACAUCAAAGCUUUCCAGAUGGAUAUUAAAUCCGAUUUAACCGCCUUCCAAGAUUCUCUCGCAAAAGAUGUGAAAAUGGAACUAAGUAACUUUAAACAAGAAGUCAAUCAAAAACUGAAUGGCCUUAUCAUGGACCUAAACACAACGGCAGAAAAGGUCAAUGAAGUGGAGCAGCGAGUUGGAGAAUUGGAGGAGAACGUUGCUGAGAUUAAAGAAAUGCUCGAUCAAUCCAUCCAAAUUCAAGAAACUGUUAGAUCUAGAAACACGCUCCUGUAGAAAUAUUAUUCGUAUCUUUGGAAUCCCGGAAGGAAGCGAAGGGAAUAAUAUCCAAGACUUGGUGGAAACGAUUAUCAAAACGGAGCUGUCACUCGACGAAUUGGACCUUAAAAUUAGGGCUGCAACUAACGAUUAUUUUGUAUAACGUUUUUAUUGAGUUUUUUCAAGAUUUUACAAUAAUUCAAACCCUCAUACCCAGAACUUACCCCAGACAGGUUUA